GGCAUUCUGGGAAGCAUAGUUUGUUGUCAUGUUGGUUCUUCGGUUGUACUUGGCCUGAGAAAAGUUUAAAACCCAUGACUAGGGAGAAACGUUACAGUUGUGACAACGACAAGACAGACAGUCAACACCGAACGUUCCAGGAAUAUUCCAGUUACAGCGGGCCCAGCCUAAUUGAAGAUGGAACAGUACACUAUUAUGGAGAGGAUAGGGGAGGGUGCACAUGGCAUCGUGUUUAAGGCCAAACAUGUGGAGAGUGGUGAAGUUGUGGCGUUAAAGAAGGUUCCACUGCGGAGGCUGGAAGACGGCAUCCCAAAUACUGCUCUCAGGGAAAUAAAGGCUCUUCAAGAAAUAGAGGAGAAUCAGCAUGUGGUGAAACUGCGGGAGGUGUUCCCCCAUGGUACGGGGUUCGUGCUGGUGUUUGAGUACAUGUUGUCGGACCUGUCGGAGGUCCUCAGGAACUCCAACCGCCCGCUGACAGAGGCGCAGGUCAAGAGCUACAUGAUGAUGCUGCUGAAGGGCGUGGCCUUCUGUCACGAGAACAACAUCAUGCACAGGGACUUGAAGCCAGCUAACCUCCUGAUCAGUGAGACUGGCCACCUGAAGAUCGCUGACUUUGGUCUGGCACGGGUGUUCGCUAAUGAAGAUGGGAGACUAUACAGUCACCAGGUGGCCACAAGGUGGUACCGGGCCCCAGAAUUGCUGUAUGGAGCAAGAAAGUAUGAAGAAGGUGUUGAUCUUUGGGCUGUUGGAUGUAUCUUUGGAGAACUGUUGAACAACUCCCCUCUAUUUCCUGGUGAGAAUGAUAUAGAACAGCUAUGUUGUGUACUGAGAGUGCUGGGAACUCCCAAUGAAAAAAUAUGGCCGGGCAUGUCAGAGUUACCAGACUACAAUAAGAUCACCUUCCCAGAGAAUCCCCCCAUCCCCCUGGAGGUGGUAGUGCCCGACGCCUCCCCCCAGGCCAUUGAUCUGCUGAAGAGGUUUCUAGUCUACCCCUCCAGUCAGAGGGUGUCAGCAAAGGAGGCCCUACUGCAUCCGUACUUCUUCACUGAGCCGUUACCAGCGCACCACUCAGAGCUGCCCAUCCCACAGCGUAGCAGCAAGAGACACCGGCAGCGCGGACAUGUGCACGAGUUUGACGUGGACGCUCCGCUGGCACAGUCACUCGUGGAUCCAGACCUACUCGCCCCGCAUGUUAGAUAGGCUCUUCAUUCUGUUGUUGUAAGCAUGUCGGCAGAACGUGCUGCACCUGUAAAACCCAUAAUGU